AUGGGAUAUGCCAUGCAAGCCACCGGAGGUGUGUUCCAUUUCAACCUAACGUCAGCAUUGCAGUUAAAGAGCAUUGUCAUGCAGAAACCCCAAAUGAUCAAGUACGCAUCAUCGUACGGCGACUUUGUGUUGUGUGAUGGGACACACAACGUGUCCAUGUAUGUGCUGAAACUGAUGCCAUUCACGGUUGUCGAUUGUCUUGGACGAAAUGUCCUUUGUGGGGUAGCGUUAGAUGAGUCUGAAAACUCCGAGUCUGUCAAACUGGGGCUCGAGCUGUGUCAGUUGCAUGCAGCGGGGUCUACCUUGAUGACUGAUGGCGGCAGUGCAUACCCAGGGGUUGCGUCGGACUUGGGCAUGGUGCACAUUUUGUGCACUAAGCACUUCGAGGAUGUCAUCCUCAAAGGUUGCACAGGUCUUGGUGCACUGGCAAAGUCAUUCAAGGCGGAUUGCACGUCGCUACUGUACACGACGAUGUCCGAAGUUGAGUUCCAAACUCGCUUUGAUGUGGCGGAAGCAAAGUAUGGUGUAGCCAAGGAGCCGGCCAAGGCAUUGCUCAGUAUAUCUCGCCACAAAGAAAAGGUGUGCCGUGCCUUCACAGGAAGCGUCUUCACAUGCAGCAGCCUAGCCACGCAGCGCGGUGAAAGCAUGAACUCUGUCAUCAAAGAGAAUGGUUUCAAGAAAAAAGAGCUGCGUCGCUUCAACCUUCUCCAGUUGGCCGAGCACUUAUGGAGCAUAUUUCAACGACAAGAAAUCAAGGCAUGCGACGAAUUGGUCACCCUUUUGGUGGCAAAGCGGCGCUGGUCGAACUACGUCGACGGCCUAUGGCGAGCGAAUGUGCUGAAGGCAGAGACGUUGCCUCAUGUCACCGAGGUUGGCGGGAUUUGGUAUGUGUCGGGUUCGCACUUCGACGAUGUGGCGGAUGCAGCGCAUCGUAUUCAAGAUUCCAUGUGCCGGAAUCUGUCAGAAAAUGCAGUGGCGAGUACCCCACACACGUACCGCCUAUUUAUGGCUAAUUUGUCAACAUGGGUCGAUGGCUUCCGUCAAUCUGGCUACUCUGGAGGGUUGGAGCCAUUCACGAUGCCCCAGUACACUUCCCCGCCAGAGCUAAUUGACGUGGUUGACGAAACGCGUCAGGCCGCAGCUAAUGCUGUUCGAGGAGUUGCCCCCCCCCAAAAAUCGUCGGAAAAGAGCAAGUCAUGCGCGAACAAGUCAGUUUUGUCGUACCGAACUGGCCAUCCUCGGAAGCGCAAACGUACGGUCUCGGCUCCAAGUAGUGCGACCCAAGAAGCAAGGCCACCUUCUGAGAGUUCAGUCUCGUCGCGCGGCCGUUUGCAGAGAGCUAAGCAGUUUGACAACUUUGUCGUGUAA